GAACGCAUUUAGGAAGUGCAAUGAGGAUGCAGCAACCUCUCAAUAGACGGAAGCAUCCCCAGGAUGCUGCAACGUCAACCUCACCACGUUGCAGUCUCGACUGUGGCAUGUUUCGCAAGCAAUGUGCCACUGGAGGUUUCACACCUAAAUGUCGAUCGAUUAGUAGCUCAAUCUAGCGAUUUCUGUUGUAUCUCAACUUGUGACUUGGUCGUCUUUCGUUAGUCAUGUUAGUCAUUCAAAGCGCAAGUUGUCGAUUGUUGGGAACAUCGUUGCGACUGCAGCUUUCAGUACUA